CUUAUAGGUUAAAUGGCUGUCAUUUUGAGUUCCACCUUCAAAAAUGUCUAGUCCCGAAAGUAAAAUAAAUGAUUUGCUAGAACGCUUAAAAAAUGAAAAUUCUAAUUCACGAUCUCCACAAAUACCGACGCUUCAAAAUAUUCCUGCGAAGGGAGUCUGCAGACGUCCUGGUGGUCCUAAUUUAGGCUUGGGCAACUUAUCAAACACUGUAAGACGACCUCAGGAUUUAAACUUUGCCACAAAACGUACCGAUAAUUUAGAGACUGAUAGGAAACUCAAAGAAAUUAUGAAAAUUAGUGGUAAACUGAAAAUAAAAGGUCGUACCUAUAUGACUGAGAUAAAAGAUUUGGAACAUAUAGAGGAAUUAGGAAACGGGACUUGCGGUCACGUUGUAAAAAUGCUGCAUCUACCUAGCAAAGAAAUUAUCGCAGUGAAACAAAUGCGACGAUCUGGAAAUAGCGAGGAGAAUAAAAGAAUAAUAAUGGAUAUAGAAGUAGUUAUAAAGUCUCACGAUUGUCCAUUUAUAGUUCAUUGUUUAGGAUGCUUUAUUACUGAUACCGAAGUAUGGAUAUGCAUGGAAUUAAUGGCAACUUGCUUCGAUAAACUUCUCAAAAGGUUAAAACAAGCUAUUCCUGAAGAUGUUAUUGGAAAAGUUACUGUUGCUACGGUCAAAGCAUUGUCGUAUUUAAAAGAGACACAUGGAGUUAUUCAUCGCGACGUUAAACCAUCUAAUAUACUUCUAGAUGAACGUGGAAAUGUUAAACUGUGUGAUUUCGGAAUUAGUGGGCGUCUCGUAGAUUCUAUGGCCAAAACCAGAAGUGCUGGUUGUGCUGCGUAUAUGGCUCCUGAAAGAAUAGAACCAGAUCCUAAUAAUCCCGAUUAUGAUAUUCGUGCGGAUGUAUGGUCAUUAGGUAUAACAUUAGUAGAAUUGGCAACUGGAGUGUAUCCGUAUCAAGACUGUAAGACUGAUUUUGAAGUGCUCACGAAAGUAAUAGAUCAAGAUCCCCCCAUUUUACCUGAAAAUCAAGAUUUUAGCCCGGAGUUUCGACAGUUUGUUAGUUUAUGCCUCACUAAAGAUCCAAAGCAGAGGCCUAAAUAUAAUAAACUGCAGAACGAACGAUUCAUUCGAAAUUACGAAACUGCAGAUGUUAAUGUAGGUAAAUGGUUUAAAAAAGCAUUGGAGCAAGCCGAUCUGUUAACCAAUAAGAAGGCGCCGCUGCCUAGACCUACCGCAUCACCACUAAUGUCUGUACGACGACCAAAUGUUGCACAUCAAAGACAAUUACCAGAAGGUUAUAAUUCAGCUCAAGUCAAUUUAACUAAUGGAAGUUCAUAUAAUGUGCCUCAUCUUAUCGAAGUAAAUAGCACAAAUCCUUUUACGUCAAUGGAAUAUCAAAUGAAGCAGUCAUACCAAAUUUCGCCGCCAUCUUUACCUCCAGAUGGACGGUCGUUGCAUCUGUCUCGUUACUCUGCCUUUCACAACACAUCUAGCUCAAAUAUGGGACACCAAAGAGAAGGUUCUUUACCAUAUACUACACACCAAAGUUUUUCUGACAAACACCUUCUUUAUAACCAAAGUGUAAAUGCCAACGAUAAUAGUAUUUCAGUACCAUCAACCAAUGUUAGAGGAUUUUCGCCGUUUAGAACCUUUCAAAGUAGUCCUCAGUAUAAUUCCGUAACAAAUAAUUUACCAAUUGCAUCACAACGAUAUAUCGACGGUGACGUUUCGGAUUGUGCUUCGCCCCUUCAAAUUCGUAAAGUGGGAGGCGAAUGCAGAAAGCAGUCUCCGGGCGGGUCACCAUUGCCCCUACGAAACCAAAUUCAAGGUAGUCAAGAACAUAUAUACGGCAAUACGAGUCCUAUAGUGUUACAAAGAUUUUAUCACCAACAAAAACAACAGCAGAAGGCGCAAGAGGCGGAGGAAGCUGCAAAGGACGACCUAGGCAAACCAAGAUUUGCAUCAUAUAUGAAAUUGCAACUAAGCGGAGAUCGAAGUGGACGCUCGUCAAGACAUCAAAGUCCAGAACCCCCACCUCGUUAUAAUCGAGGGGUUAGUGCUGAAAGUCAAAGUCCCCUAAGUGCUAGACAUGGUAAUUCUGUGGCCUCUCCCAGUCUCUCUCGCAGGUACAUUUCUCCAUCUCCUCCGAUUCCACCACCGAGGAGAUUAUCAGAAAGUUCCUCAGUACCGGGCUCGCCGCAACAUUUACGAGCGCGUUUUCACUAUACUCCUGAGCCCCAAAGACGUCUGUAUCAAAGCAAUGAUGUUUCAUCAUAACAGUUGUGUUUUUGUUAAACUUAGAAUAAGUACUUAGCCUAUUUAACGGUCACCCUUGCGGAUUAAGAAAGGAAAGCGUUUGUGUUUAUAUACUGCAUGUUAUAUAACUUCAGUUGAACAGGUGGAGCAUGUUGUCUGCUUGAUAAUAAACGCAAACCGAAUUUAUUACUUAUAGUUCCUUAUAUGUACUAAUGUCUAAUAUCUUCUAUUGUUUGUGUACCUUGCUUUUGAUACAAUUAGCCAAUGGUAUCUCAACACUAAUUUUUUAGAAUCCUACAAUGCGAAAAGCAUAGAGCGUAUUAGAACAAAAUUUAAAUUUCUUUCUCUGCAAGAUAUUGUUUGCAAUUCUGAACUUCACACCUAGCUAUUAUUUAUUAACUUAGUACAGUCAGCAUUGCAUUCAAUUUGUAGUGGCAACAUGUACAUAUUCGGUAUAUAGAGAUAUUUAUAAACUUGGUGAGACUGCUUUUUAUGACUUACUUUACCAUGAUUGGGAGAGUCGUUUAAAGUUUUGCAAUUGUGUUCGACUGCGUCUUGCGUAGUACUGAUUUCGUUACUAGUCUGAAUUCCGUCAGGAUGUUGAUAGUUGGUCUUAGACCGUGUAUUAAGCGUGUAAAUUAUUUUAUUCAAUUUUUUCGGCAUUUGCUGAGCGAAUUUCAAUCGAUAUAUACGAGCAUUUAUGUGCUAUUCUUGAAUAGAUUGUCCGUGCUAGUUUUAAACGCAGCAAAAGCAGCUUUGUGGUAAUAUUAAAAUUGAAGGCCAAAUUGAGCUUAGUCAUACUUUUAUAUUUUGUUUUAAUCCCUUUUUAAAUUUUAUGUUAAAGAAACUGCAUUUGUUAUUUAUUGGGUUAGCAAAGUAUUUUAUAUUUUAUGAUGAAAAAUGUAUUAGAGAUGGGGAACAAAUAACAUUAUCUUGUAGAUUUUUCAUCAUUCGCAGUGAAAUCUAUUUAUCCCAAUUUACUCAAGCAUGUAUUUACUACAAAGUGGAAUAAUACGGGUCUUAUAUGUUUUUAUCUAUGUCUAUAUUCUCAGUAUCCACAAGUUCCCUGUACUUUAAUGCCUCCGUUGCAUUUUGUUUAUUUGGUGGUUUCACAAGCGUUGCAUGAAGCAUUAUAUUCUAUUGGACUUUAUUAUUUGAUAAAUUUUUCAUAAACUAAAAUUUGUAAUUGACCCACCUAACAAAACAAAAUGUUACAUUAAUAAAAAGGUUGAAAGAUAAAUCUGUUACUAUUUACUAAAAUGCACAAUUUGCACAUUCAACCACUUUGUCACCUUAGCGAUGUAUAAAAUUUAUUUUUUCAUUUCUGUGCAUGCUGUCUAUUGUGCCUUAUAUUCCAUAAAUUUAAAUAGUAACAAAGACAGUCUUCAACCUAGAAGGCUAUUUUAUUAAUUUAUUAUAACUUAUUUUAGAUAAUUGACUGUUUUAAUAGUUGUUUUUUGACGUAUGAUGCUAAAGCAGGAGGUUGUAAUUUACAUUUUUUUUGUGAUUUACUUUAUAUUGUAUCCGCCGACAUUUCCAUUGAUUAUUGAUGCAGUUUUUCGUAUCUAAAUUUUAAAAAAUAUGAUAACAGAAUUGUUGUUUUUGAAGUGCAUUUUAAUUUUGUCCAGAGUGCAUGUCAAGCAGGGUUGUACUUUCAAUUCUUAUAUUGUACGUAUCAUAAACAAAAAAAUUAAUUAUUGGAUAAACCUUGCUGGGCUGUGUGUAAUAAUUAAGUUGCCAUAAUUAUGAUAUUGUGUAUAUUUGAUUCAAUUGUAAAUAUACCUGAUCACAAUAUAAUGAAUAAAUAUUUAAACAUAA